UUGACGACGACGACUAAUAAUGUUCGAUGACCCCUCGUCAGUUGAAGGAAUGUUGUAAUCUAUUGCCCAUGAGCUACAUCACGUCGCCCCGGUACGACGUCCUUUUGACGCCGAAGCAUCAUGCCGCCAAAAUAGACGACGCUGAAUUUGAUCUUCAAGCGACGCAUGUCGUCCAGCCGCCAUCAAAGCAACCUCGCUUGAUAUGGAACUUGGCGCAUUGGUUUAUUGGAAGUUGCAUGUUGCUCGCCCUUGCGGCUGCCCUGGUGUUUCACUUGCCCUGGUACAAGGCGACGUUCUACUCGACGGUGGUCGUGUGGUGGGGUGGAGAUCCCAGCGCGAAGAACAGUGGUCAUUAUGAAAUGGUUCAGCCAACGUAUUUCUUCCUUGGCAUAGUGCUUCCCAUCGCUGCGGCAGCGCUGCUGUUCCCUCUCAUACAAGGUAGCAGCUUGCCGAUUGUUGUGACGCCGUUGUCGCACUGGCUACACUCGAAACCACAAGCGUUUGGCUAUCGAGUCAGCUGCGGCGAGAUCCUCUUCGUUGCCAUCCUCUUGGUUAGCAAUAUGUUUGCUGGAUAUUAUCAAUAUACCAAGCGCACCAUGGCCAUGACAAGCUCGUCGGAUUCGAUCAAGAACGCAGGGAUUGCCUUGGGCUACAUGAGCAUGUUCAACUUGACCUUCUUGGUGUUCCCAGCCACUCGACAGUCAUUUUGGAUGGCCUGGCUUAACAUCCCGUACGCCAAUGGUGUGAAAUACCACCGAUGGAUCGGUGUGGCAACCUUGGUGGCGCUUGUUAUGCACGUGGGUAUCAUAGUCGCGUACUACGCCAACAUCGACUCGCUUGUCACGCUGUUGCCAUGCUGGGACUGCGACUUGGCAUCCGCUGAAGGCACAGACAGGUGGCAGAACGUCUUUGGGAUUCUGGCGUUUAUCUGCGUGGGCGUCGUGGCACUGACGUCGCUGCCGUAUGUCCGUCGAAACCACUACGAAGUGUUUCGCACGGCGCACUUCCUCUUUGUGCCUGCUGCGAUCUUUGCAUCGAUGCAUCGAGUUCCCAUUCUCUACAGCGUGUUUGCAUCCCUCGUGCUCUACUUGAUCAACCGCAUGUACUCGAGAGAGACCACGCGUGCCCCAAUCAGUGUAGCGAGGGCGACGGCGAUGCCUGCCGAUGUCAUUGAGCUAACCUUCCACACCACCACGCACUACGCCCCGGGGGGGACGGUGUGGGUUCGCGUACCAGCCUUGUCGCACUCACAAUGGCACCCAUUCAGUAUCGCGUCCUCUCCGCUGCACACGCCAGGCCUCGUGACGAUUUACGUCAAGUGCCUUGGCAACUGGACCACGGGAUUGUAUCACUACAUUCAAGAGUGCAAGCGAAAGCGGUUUCUACCGUUGAUGUACCUCGACGGCGGCAGUGCUUUCACCGCAUCGCGCACAACGAUCUUUCCAUCGGCCUAUCGCCACGUGCUGUUCAUUGCGGGAGGCAUUGGGGUUACUGUAUUGAUGGGUCAAAUCACGCACGCGCUGUACACCACCCCCCACGAAACCGUGUGGCUCGUGUGGCACGUCCGCCAGUCGGAGAUGCUGCUGCAGUUCCACGACUGGCUCCGGGACCUUGAAGCGUUGGCGUCGAUGAACGGAAGCCGGCUGUACAUCCGACUGCACGUCACUCGUGACCCACUCGCGAUUUUCAACGUGUCGGACCACCACAAAGGCAUCGUGCCUUGCUUUGACGUCCAUGCGAAACCCGUGGAAGCAACCCCUCAGGCGAAUUUAUCGUUUGCUCGUCGUACGUGGAUGGCCUUGCUAGCGUUUGUUUGCAGCGGGGGGCUCUUGACCCUGGCGUUGUAUGGCAAUGCCCUCCAGACAGCGCAAGGCAAUUACUGGCCGCUCCAGCGCUUUGUAGCGUUCUGUGCCGUGGUCGGGGGGUGCGCAGUGGCGUAUUUCGUCGUGAGUGCCGCCUCAUCAGUUUUGCCAUCACAGCAACUUCCAGUGGACAUGACCCCCCUCCCGCCCAAGCCAGCAACUGACACUGUUCUGUUCUUGCUGAAGUAUAACGUACAGACCAUUCGGGUCGACUGGACCGUCCUUUUGAACGAGAUUCAGCAACAAAUUGCUCUUGACGACAUGGUGGGGGUAUUCGUAUCCGGCCCCAAGCCGUUGAUUCGCGACGUGGACGACAACAUCCAAGGGCGGCCCACCUUUCACGUCCACCACCACCAUUUUCUCAUCUAAGUCCCUUCUUGCAUACAGUACUACUUGGCGAAUACUCGCCAACUUGAGUGUAGAUGUAUACACAUUUGUAUAACUUGAACAUUACUUGACUUAACAACUUGAGUGUAGAUUUGUAUAACUACAUUUCAAACUCUUCGACAUGCACAUCGAACAGUGUGUGGUGAUUCGUCACGUCUCGGAUGGCCUUAGCCAGUGCGUUGGGACCAGACACGUACACCCCCACGGAGUUUGGCGGAAAGCCGAAUUUGUCGACUUGGAUGUCGUGGAACAACUGGUUCCAGUUGGCUCGUUCGUACUUCACUGCAAAGUGCUGCAGCAGGUCGCCCGGUCGGACCUCUCGUCGUUGAGGCUGGCGGAGGUCAAUUUCGCAUCCCUCAGUUGGCUCACUCGCAUGACCAACGACAGCCACGCCAUACGCACAGUACGAGCCCACGACCACGACCAGAAACUCCAUGAAGCGUUGCAGGGGCCAGUACUCGGGCCCCAACAGUUUCGUAAACUUUUGACCAAACCGAACGUACACGAGCAGCGUGCCACUGCACAGAAACGCCAGCAGCAGGACGCCCAGCUUGCGCACCGUGGACAAGUGCGCGUACGGACGAGGGGGGGCUCGGAAUCGGGUCAAAUCAAACGAGGGGGCGAUGCGGUCGGCGUCUGCUGCAGGGCCCACGGCAAUGUCGGUCCGCCCUUUUUGUGUCACGUGGAGGUGCAAGUGCAAGCGGCCGUGGUUGGCUUCAGCCACGUCCUCCAACUCGCGCAACCAUCCGUGGAACUGACUCAACAUCUCCACAGUCCUGACAUGCCACACAAGGUACACGUCCUGGUGGGGGCGUGCGUGCAGCAAGUGCAUGAUUUGAGCCAUGAGAGGAGUGACACCAAUCCCCCCACCGACGAAAACGACGCUCGAGUACGACGAAGACAUGGGGGGCGGGGGCGUAUAGCCAGCGUCCAUGUACACGACGGGCUGGACGCCCUCACCUUCGCACUGCUUGACGUAGUCGUGGAGCUGAUUAGUCCAAUGACCCAAAGCCUUGACGUAGAUGGUCAAGAGGCCGGGGGUGUGCAGAGGCGUCGAGGCGAUGCUGAACGGAUGCCACUGCACCGUGGAGAUCGCAGGCACUUUGACGUACACAAGGUCCGCUGGGAGGUACGUCGUCGAGCAUUUGAACGUGAGUUGGACGAUUUGGCCAGGCAGCGCCGUCGCGGUCUCGAGGGCCGCGGGGUACGCCACCGUCGAGCUCGAGUACAUGCGGUUGACAAUAUACAGCACCAUGGACACGUAGAUCCAAAUGAUGAUUUGCUCGUAGUGCAUCACCGCAGUGAAGGCCGCGGGGAUGAACAGCCAGUGGGUGGCCUUGAAGGUCGCGUAGUAAUGACGGCGGACGUACGGGAUGGACGUGGCCCCCAUGAUGAGCAUGAAUAGCAGCGACAACUCGCCAAACACGUUGAACCAAGCGUACUUGCCGUCGGUGGCAAUAUCGCAAUCAAAGCACGGCAACAGUUCUUCGGCCAACGUGUCCGUGAUAGCGUAUUGGACAAUGAAAAAGGCAAAGUGAAGGACAAAGCUGACGAUGGUCAAGACACCAAGCCAGCGAUGAUACUUGACCCCACGAGCCCAAGGCAAGUUGAGCCAUUCCAUCCAGAAACAGUGGCGCGUCGCCGGCAACGCCAUGAAGACCUGAAAAAAAGCAUGUGUUAUAAAGAGCCCACUGAAGCCCAACGCGAUGGCAAUGCAGGUUAUAGUCGGUUUGUCAAAGCCAAUUUGGAGCAGAUACGAUUGGUAAAAAACGAUGAUGUUCCCUCCCAGCACCACGCCAAGGAAAGCCAGCUCCCCAUAGCUGAUCUGGCAGCACAACCAGCGCGGCUCGAUGUGCAGGAAUCGGAAGGACGAGCCGCGGUACAGAGGCUUGGUCAAGUUGAAGACAAGGGCAGCCACGACGACCGGGAGGAUGAAAAACAGGAAAAAAUAGGCUACAGGGAGCAUCUCCUUGCCAGGAGCGUAGCGGGCCUUGUCUUUGGGAUCGAUGUUGAACCAUGGAGUGAAGUACACCGCCAGGUUCUUACGAUAUAUCGCCUGAACGUGAUAUCCGGCAGGCGAUACGACGGCCAACAACAAGAGCGCACCAACAAACCAGUGUAAAAACUUGAACAGGAUCGUGCUGCGAGACGUGGAUGGGGCCAACAGGGUGCCAUUGUCAGACAAGAAUAGCCCGCUGGGCGUGGCCGCUCCUCGACAGCUCUUGAUGCUCUUCAAUGGUGACGACAUGAUGCAAAAUGUGAUGUGAGGAAGGGAAGUCUAGUUGUACGCUCCAUGAGAUUCCAUCAGUCCCGCCUUUUCCAGCAUCGCAAUGGGUUUUGAUCAGAAUACUUGGCUGCUUGUCAGACUGGGAGGGACGCUGAAUCGUUCGUUCUCAAAAUGUAUCCAACUG